AUGAAUAUCUUCAAGAUUCUGUUAAUAUGCAGAGUGUUUUCCUAUGCUGGGGCAGAAAUUCAGAUAUUAAUCAACCCUGUGAAUCUGCCUGAAAAUAAGCUUCCUGGAACAGAACUAAGCCGUGUUUAUGACAAGGAUGUGGCUGGAAAACCAAAUGCCUACCGCUUUUUGAACAAAACAAAGGAUUUUGUCAUCGAUGCAAAUUCUGGUGUCAUCACAGCUACGAAAAUCUUUAAUUAUGAAACAGACCCAACCAGAUUUCUACUUAUAGUUGAUACUGGAGGGGUCAUGAGACAUGUUUUAACCAUUAAUAUAAUCGAUGUUCCAGAAACUCCAGACUGUACUGUUGACCCCCUCUUUUCUUCAGGCUCAGCUACCUUUGAAAUUGCUGAGGACUAUCCACUCUUUCAACCCAUUUAUAAAGUGACUGUCACAGAUGAAGACAUUGUACAUGGUGACAGGCUAACAUACAACCUUGAGACAGAGUUAUCUGGACCAAAGAGAGGGGCACACUCCUUUGGCGUGGGUCCUGCAAAUGGUGUUAUUAGCUUAAGAGGCGACAAUGUCUUAGACUUUGAUGCUGGCUACCAUACUUUCCAGCUUUCAGUGAGAGUUACAGAUACAACGGGUUUGUUCUGCCAAGGGACAAUAAUUAUUAAUAUUAGAAACAUAAAUGAUGAGACACCUCAAUUUGAGCGAUUUCCUAUGGAUUCAAUUAAUGUGACUGAAAAGAAACCCAUUGGAGAUUUUGUAGCAAGAGUAAAGGCCACAGACCGUGAUGAAGACAACAGCAUCAUGUACUCCUUUAAAACCCAGCAGGAAAUGUUUGGUUUAGACCCUUUCACAGGUAUAAUCACUGUUCUUCAGCCUUUGAGUCUUGACAAUCCAAGUAACUCCAGACUCUACAUGUUGGAAAUUGAAGCCAGAGAUGACAGCAAUAACACUAGCUCGUACAUGUUCACAGUCUUCGUGGAGAAUGUUGAUGACCCUAUUUCCUGUGAUCCAAGUUUUUCAACAGGGGCAGGUGUUUCAGUUUCUGUUGCUGAAAAUAUCCCCUCAUCUGCUUUUAUAUAUGCAAUCCUUUCAAGAGAUCCAGAUCUGGGACAAGAAGUUGAAGUUUUCCAGUUAGUAAUUGCUGUGAGAAAUAGGGACAGCUUGUCUCUGGAGUCAUGUGUUGGCACCAUCACUAUAAACAUCCAAAAUGUUAAUGAUGAGAGUCCUGUUCUGAUAUACAGAUCAGAUGCACCUAUAACUAUUAACGAAAAUCUGCCUGUUGGAACCAAGUUGGCCAAGUUCACAGCAACAGAUAGAGAUAUAGAGGAUUCAGUACAUUAUGAAUUUAUAGGAACACAGAAAGAGUUUGCUAUAAAUGAAGAUUUUGGAGAAGUCACUGUUGCUUAUCCGUUGGACUAUGAAGAUGACACAAUCCCAAAAUCUUGGGUCUUAUAUGUUAGAGCUUAUGACAAUGAGCGAACACAUUCAACCACUGGGACACUUACAGUGAUUCUAGAGGAUAUAAAUGACAACCAUCCCCGGUGCUCACAGGAUAUUUAUGUAAUUGAACUUCCUGAGAACAUCCCAGUUGAUACCCCUCUAAUCUCCCUAACUUGUACAGAUCAGGAUGGAACUACUCCAAAUAACAAUAUAACUUACCACUUGAUUGAAGACACUUUUUCAAACAGAACCUUUACUCUUACAAACAGUGAACUGAAAAUUGGACCUAUGCAUCUAGAUUAUGAUAACAUAAUUUUUGCAGGAAUGGACUUUAAACACACAUUGUUUGUAAGAGUGUCUGAUGAAGGAACUCCUGUGCUCUCAACCAUCAUUAGAAUCAUAUUAAGGGUAAGCCGUAUAAACGAACUGAAUCCUGUUGGAUCUGUGAUGGCUUUUACCUUCAACAUAUAUGAAAACAGUCCAAUUGAUACACUAGUUGGAAAAAUUGCAUUUACAGAUGGAGACUGGCCAUUUAACAAUAUGCAGUACACCAUUGUUGAAGGCAACUUUGGAAUACCUCCAAAAUUCUACAUUGAAUCAGAUACAGGAACAAUAAGGCUGCUGAGUUCUCUGGACAGGGAAGUAGCUUCUCAGUAUAAGAUGGCCGUGAGAGUCACAGAUGUAGCAAAUGAUGCUCUCCCUGACCCUCUCAGGCAGAGAAGUGCUACUGCUCAGGUGACCAUCCAUGUUCUGAAUGUGAAUGACAGGCCUCCUGUAUGCACACCACCACAUUUAGAAACUCAGAUUUAUGCCACAUUUCGGGGUCCUUUCAUUCGCCUCAAUUGUGCAGACCAGGAUUCUCCACAGGAUCAACUAAGCUAUUCAAUCACGGAAGGAAACACAAACAAUCACUUCACACUUUGGAGAGAAGGUGCUGAGUCACCAUUCCUGGCCACCAGGCAGGAUUUCCAGCGCGAUCUAUUUCAAGGAACUCAAGAUAUGGUGACUUUCCAGUUACUUAUUGAAGUCACUGAUGAAUUGGGUGGGAAUGAAGCUAGUCAGCUGACAGGCACUACUACAGUCAUUAUUCAUGUGCUCCCCUGGACCACAUCACGGCCAACUUCUUCCACAAGAACAGCUACAACUACGAUUACCACCUCUGUCUUAAGGAAGAUCUCAUACUACUGGAGGCCUGACAGCUGGUUCCCAGCAGUCCUCACUCUAACAGGAGCUCUCUGUUUGACGUGUCUCUACGCAGUUGCAUGGUGCCUCUUCAGAGAGGUUCCUGCCUGCUCAAGACUAUUUCCUCCCUGUCACAGGCAACAGAGUCAAGCAAGUCUCACGGAAAAGGAUGCUGUACAGGCACCCAGUUUGAACUGUGAUAUCUCUGCACACUUCACAAACAAAAAGACAAGAUUAGAUUUAAAAUUCUGUCAGACAUGCUUGAGAGAUGCCUCAGUAGUUCGCAGCAUAUGCUGCUCCCAAUGUUUGGCUCCCAAUGCCUAA